UCGAAAAUAACUUGGACAAAGAGAUAUCAUACCGCACAUUUUAUAAGGCCUUGAAAGAAAUAAGUAAGGAUCAAGAAGCUUCUCCGUUCGAUACUGCAGAAACACGUGAACCAUGGGAUCAUGCUGUCACAGUUUCUGACGUGAAUAAAGCAGUAGAUGUGGUAAAAGCGUAUAUGAUUCUAGAUGAAAUCACGAGACAGCGUGUAAAACAUCUGGUCCUGCCAAUGACCACAAAAUCCAAGCAAUCAAACUUACCAGAAAUUUUGACGAGAAAAAGACGGCGUAAUAUAUGUUUGGAUGAUAAUGAUGGUGAAAAAAUUUUAAAGAAGACAAAGUUUAUAAAUGAAAAAAUUCUUGAUAUUGAAUCCUUGGAAGGAACAACUUUUAGGGUGAUCUCAAAAAAUGAAGAAACAAGAAUGACAAGAAUUCCACACUGCAACCCGAGUUUCAUGGGUUUCCGUUCUGAGAAGGGAAUGUUGUUUGUUGAUAAAACCAUAUAUAUUGAGAAAUUGGAACAGGAAACUUCAAGCUUUAAGUAUCCUACCAAUUCACGAAAUAAGUGUUUGGUUCUUAAUUUUGAUCUCUCGUUUAUUGAUGUCUCUUCCGCUCAUUCAAUGAAGAAAAAUUUUAAUGAGCACAUUAACACUGCAUUGCAAAUGUUUAUUCAAAAAUAUGAUGAAGAGUUGGGACAACCAGACAUGAAAGAAUUGAUUUUCAAGCAAGCCGCUGGAUGCAUUGAUGGCACUAUCGAUAAAUUAUACGUUACCGGAGUUACCCCAGCAUUCCGUACAGGGGUUAGUCCGCUUCUUAUAUUGGAGGACAUUUCGGAGAGACGGCAAUUCUCCGGAAUUUGCGGAUUUACUCAACAAGAAGUGCAGUCAAUAGUUGCAUGUUAUUUAGGAAACGAUACUGAGGCUAUAAACGAUGCAACGGAUGACAUCAAACGGCUGUAUUUCGGAUAUAAUUUUGUCAAUACCAAAUUUGAUGUUGGCAUCCCAUCCAUAUAUAAUAUCCAUCUGGUUUUUCAUUAUUUGCGAGAAAGACGAAGCGGCAAUCAUGUUUUCAAAACUUUUGAACCAACAGCAGUAAAUUCCACAAAGAUACUCGCGUGCAUCGCUGAUCUAAGUCCAGUUUCCAUUGAUGAUCUUCUCACACUUCUGGCGGUUAUGUCGUUGAAAACUGCAAGUGAAGCCGUGAUGCAAGCAACCCUUGAAGUUCUUCUUCCCUCAUCAUUUCGCAUUUGUGAGUUUCGUCUAGUGAUGAAUGGGAUGAGACAAUAUGGCGAUGGGCGUUUUGGUUAUGUGGAUAUAUUUGUCCUUGAAAAUGGAGCCGAGUCAACAUCGAAUGUUGUGUUAGAACUCAAAUACCUUACAAUCGCUGGUCUUUUAAGUGGAGAACGAGGGCAUUGGAUAAAGAACCCAGAUGCAAGUAGUCUGAAAACGUUGGAUGAAGUUAUCGGAAGGGAGAGUGAAGAAAAGCUGUUACAACGCAAAUACAUGUAUUGGUCACGAGAACAUAAUAGUCCAGUAUCGAAGGAGCUGACUGGCAUUUUAGACGAUGGGUACCAGCAAUUAGAAAAAUAUAUCGAGAUAAUUGGAAGAGGGCGUCCGGAAAAUUAUACUGAUUCGGGUGUUUUGGAUUCGAGGGUCGUGGUUAAAAGUGGAUCCUCUCAAUUAAGAGGAAAAAAGUCAAAGAAAAUAUGA